AUGCUUCAAAGGUGGGUAAUCUACAUGAGUACUCGAUAGGAACCAGCCGGAUUUGGAUUAAGCCGAUUUCAUAGUUUACUAUGAACUGGUUACCGUAUCUUCAGAUAAAACUUUUCUCACGUUCUUUUUGCGUAGACUGGAAUUUAACAAAACCGGGUCUUAUGAAGCGUUUCCAUAUCUCAGCAAGUGCAUGGGCGAACUUAGUUUUCUCCGAUGUGAUGAUAGACCCUACGUUUUCACCAAAUUGGACAAGUCAGGUGGUAAUUGGAUUGUUAACAAUUCGAAUAGGAAGGUUCUUUUUGAGGUAAAGUCGCUUCAUUUUGUUUUGUUUCUAUUGCUACUAGUAUUCUUUAUUUUUUAGCCGGAUAAACUUUGUAUGUUCCCGAAUGGUCGAUUAUAUCACCCCGCCCCUUUUGAUGACUUUGGAUUGGUCCGUUCAUCCAUAGCUGAAGAACUUUUCCAUCGGUUCGAGUUUGAUGGAGAUGGCAAACCGUUUGCAUUCAAUUGGGAGGACAGACAGAUCUCACUGACUAACCAGCUACUCGCCUUCUCAAACAAUUAA